AUGAGAAACAUUGUCGUCCUGGGUAGCACCGGUUCCAUCGGCUGCCAGACCCUGGACAUCGUCCGUUCCUUCCCCGACGAGUUUCACGUGGUGGGCCUGGCCGCCGGCGCCAACCACGACCUCUUCCGCCAGCAGAUUGCCGAGUUCCGUCCCCGGCACGUCUACUGCAUCGACCCGCCUGCAGACCUGGCCCCCGGCAUCGACUUCAUGCCCAUGGAGGACAUGGUCUGCCUGCCCGAGGUGGACGUCAUAAUGGCCGCCACCACCGGCGCCGCCGGCCUCCAGCCCACCCUCAACGCCCUGCGCCAGGGCAAGGCCGUCGCCCUGUCCAACAAGGAACCCAUAGUCAUGGCCGGCCCGCUGCUCAAGGACUACGAACGCAAGUACGGCGGCGCCAUCCUGCCCGUGGACAGCGAGCCCAGCGCCAUCUGGCAGUGCAUCCAGGGCGAGACCAACGAAAUCCGCCGCCUGAUCAUCACCGCUUCCGGCGGCCCCUUCCGCACCAUGCCCCUGGAGGAAAUGGCUGCGGUAACUCCCGAGCAAGCGCUGAAUCAUCCCACCUGGCAGAUGGGCCCCAAGAUAACCAUCGACUCGGCCACCCUGAUGAACAAGGCCUUCGAGGUCAUCGAGUCCCACUGGCUCUUUGAUGUCCCCUGGGAAAACAUCGAGGUCGUGGUCCACCCCCAGAGCACCAUCCAUUCCAUGGUCGAGUUCACCGAUGGCUCGGUCAAGGCCCAGCUUGGCCCCCCCAGCAUGAGGCUGCCAAUCCAGUACGCCCUCUUCUACCCCGAGCGACGCCGCAAUCCCGACGAUUCCCUGAUACCCCGCCUGGACACCAGCAUCGCCCAGGCCCUGGACUUCCGGCCCAUGGAGCCCGAGCGUUACCCCUGCUUCGACCUGGCCCUGGCCACCACCCGCCAGGGAAAGACCUACCCCACCGCCCUCAGCGCCGCCGACGAGGUGGCCGUCAACGCCUUCCUCAAUGGCAAAAUAGCCUUCACCGACAUCUACCGCGUCGUGGAAUCGGUGGUAAACACCCACCAGCCAACCCCAGCCGAAACCCUGGAAGCCCUGGUAGCCGCCGACACGUGGGCCACAGCAGAGGCCGAGCGUGUUGUGGGGAAGUUGGGGUAG